CUGCAGGCGGGACUUCUGCUACUCAACGCAGUGAUGGUUCUGAAUCGGAAACGUUUCCUUGCCAAGUACGGUCUAGACGAUCUGAACCACAUACAGGAAGAACGGAACCCACUAAGAUCACAGGCCGUGGGAUUGUUGCACGCUGUUGGCUAUUUAAAAGUCCCAGUCAUUGUUGCCAAUCUCAUUACGGCUCUGUUCGAAAUCCUUUUAGGAGGAGCAUAG